AUGACAAUCUCUCAGAGUGGUAUUCAGGCACUGCGUCGGUGUGAAUCCAUGGAGGACCCCGAAUUUCAAGACAUAAUCCGGAGCACACACGCCAUUGUCUUUCUGGGAACUCCGCAUAGAGGAAGUCCUGGACUCGCGUCAACCGCCGACGUUGUCAGACGCAUCGCGGGCGCUGUCCUUCGUUUUGACUCUCAUGACUCCAUUUUGCGCUCUUUAGGUAUUGACGCUCCUGAGCUUGAGCUUUCACGGGAGUCCUUCGUUUCACAAUGGCGCAAGUUUCAGUUCACUGUGAAGACCUUUCAGGAGGCCCACGCCCUCACGGGUGUGAAGCUCGGAUUGUUGAACGAUAAGGUCGUUCCCGACGCAUCUUCCUCGUUAGAUGAUCCAAGAGAGCAUGCGGAAACGAUUCCGGCAAACCAUAUGGACAUGUGUAAAUACAACGGACCCUCCGACCCGGGGUAUCAAAAGGUCGGAGGCGAGUUGGCGAAGAUUGUCAAGCAAAUCAAGCGUCGGGAGGUAAACUCGACAGCAACGGCAUCCGUGCAAAGUCUUAAUUCCAAAUCGCCGCAUCCCGUGACGAAUGCUACUUAUCAAGUAACAGGCAAGCAUGAAGACUUUGUCGUCGCAAAAUGCAAACAGGCUUUGUCCUAUCCUCAAAUAUUUGAUAGACAGAAUGCCAUUCAUCCUCCUGUGCUGGACACUUGUCAGUGGCUACGCAGUCACCGGACUUUCGUCUCCUGGAGCCAACGCUCUGACGUUCAGACAAACCACGGGAUUUUGUGGAUAAAAGGCCUCCCCGGCUCUGGCAAGUCAACUGUCAUGAAAGAGAUCCUAUUAUUUACCAAGGCUACCGCACAACAGGGCCACAUCAUCGCCAAUUUCUUUUUCAAUGCGCGCGGAUCUGAAUUGGACCGUACACCACAGGGAAUGCUCAGAUCUUUUCUGCUCCAGCUUCUUGAACAAAGUCAUCCCUUUCAAUCAGUCAUAGUGGAUCACUUCAAGUCUGAAACUUCAUAUACUGAUUCUGCAUUAUGGGGUCCAACGUUGGAAGAAUUGUUGCGAUUAAUAAGACGAUGUCUGGUCGAGACUACGUACACAAAUCGUGUUACAAUCUUCCUGGACGCCGUGGAUGAAUGCGAGGCGAAAUACGUGCGUGAGUUGGCCUACUUCCUUAGAAGCCUUACCAGCGAUGCAUACGCCUUGGGAAGAUACUUGGAUAUUUGCCUUUCAAGCCGCCACUACCCACAUAUAUCAAUCUCCAGGUGCCCCGAGAUCACCCUGGAGAGAGAAAAUCGGAACGACAUAUUUAAAAUGGUGGAAUAUAAGAUCCCAUACGAUGUUGGUUUCACUGCAAAUGUCAUUGACCGAUUAAGAAUGACCAUUAUGGAAAAGUCCUCAGGUAUUUUCCUGUGGGUUGUCUUGGUGGUCGAUGAAGUCCUUCGAGAUAUUGAUAACGGGUGUACCUUUUGGGAGGUUCAGAAGACUCUCGAUAGCGUACCUACGGACUUAGUCACCAUGUUCACCAGACUUCUGAAGGCUAUGUCGGUGCUGGAACGUUUAAAGCUUCGCAAUCUGGUACAUUGGCUGCUCCUGGGAAGUCCGAGUUUUCAAGUUAACGAGAUCUCUGCGUUCGACACCUUUGGGAGGGACAAUUUUGACUUUCAGGCACCUGCUGAGGCAGUCAAACCUUAUGUGGAUGACCGUCUGGAACAGGAGCGACAGAAACGGCUGGUAAGAAGCAUCUCGAGGGGUCUGGUCGAAGUCUCUGCGGGAAAAGCUCAAUUUGUCCAUGAGUCUGUCAGGGAGUUUUUCCUACAGGAUGGAUUCACCGUUUUUCACUGUCGAGAUGCGGAUACGUUUCUGGCACUAGGACACUGCAUGAUCAUCCGGUCUUGCGUGCGUGCUAUGUUGUUCAAGCAAGUUUCGAAAGACCUCGACUCAACGAAAGAGGUGCUCUCCCAACUACUUUUCACCGAUAGAGACGCUUACAACUGGCUGAUAAAGCAUACAUACCGAUUCUUACCGUACCAUGUACAUUCAGCUCAGCAUUGCGCCCAAUUCCCACUCGAGAUUGUUCAUCGAAUUCAAGGCGUGAUCAGUGCUUUCCCAGAUCUCGAGGAAUCGCUACACCUACAGAAUAUGAAACUGGCAAUCGGCCUCGAAAAGCUGCUUCCUUUUCAUGCAAUGUUUUCUCAUGAGGCUCUGGAUCGCUACCUGGUGGAUGUGUUAUCUCGUCUGGAAACUCUCUGUUCUGAGGUCAUGUUUCAGCUUUACGAUGACAUUGUACAUCCUAAAGUCGUAGACAAUGCCUUGUACAGAAGACUCCGAGAUAGCUCUAUCAAAGCAUCCUCAGGGAAGACUGAAUUGCAGCAGUGGAAGCAGACAGAGGAGUUUCGACUCGUCUCAUUGGCGAAUGAGCUGAUCUCACGGGAACUCUCUUUGCAAGAAUCAAAUCUCGGGGACUAUGUUAACGACACUGAGGGAAACACGAUGCUUCAUUUCGCAGCAUGGCUGGACCUUGGUCAUCUUGUACAAGUUCUCAUAGAUGCGGGCCAUCCGAUCGACAUCCAGAAUGCUUAUGGGAUGAGCCCCCUGCACCUUGCUUGUCAGAGCAAGUACAGCUAUUCCUGA